CCUCUUCCUCUUCUUUGCCGCUGUCCUGCCACUCCUUCGUUUCUUGCAAAAACCUCUUUUCCUCCUCGUUCCCUCUCUUCUACUCCUUCUUCUCCUUCUUCUCCUUCUUCUUCUUCAUUCUCUCCGUUGCGUGCGCCGAAUUGGUCUGGAUGAUACCGUAACUACGAGGUCAAUGGGCCUCUUCAUCCACCAAGAUGGUCACAUGCAAGGCUGGCUGGCCGCCUUGCUCUGCUGCUGCGCGGCUAUGGGAGACGAUGAGACCUACCGGCAGCAGCAAGAAAUGACGAGCACGAAAUCCACCAUCUCCCGCCCUGUGCUGGUAUACGAUGAACAGCCGACACAGCUACAGCCCAUGUCGUUAAAUUCUACAAGAUCGUGGAAAGGCAGCUCCACCGUCUCCGAAGCGGACCUCGUGCGUCCCAUCUCACAACGCCCACCUUCUCUCAAGCCUCUGGACCUCGGCGAGACGUCUUUGAUGGGCAGAAUGACUCUCCAUAGCAGGAGGAAAAGCUCAACCAGCCUGCUGUGGUCGCCGAAAAGGACUGAAAUUGGUCCGCCAACCGACUUCCGAAGGCUGGAUCCUACCGACGCGCAAACAUGUUCGCUCAAGCCCUUGCAGCUGGAGCCCGUCGUACUCAAAGGCCACGAGGACGACGUAUCAAGUGAAGCUGUCCGGAUUGCACCGUCCGUCAUGUCGGCAAGCGACACGGAUCGGCACUGGUACCGCGAUGCACGAGACCCGCCGUGGCAACGCUGCCAGCAGAUGAGUACCAGCCCUCGCUGUGGAAUUGCAGUCCCCUGCAAUCAGGAUGAGAGCCCUCCACGUUGCGACACUCCCAUGAGACCAUACUCGGCGAAGCCACUGCUCUCCACACAGUCAUCUUCGAGCUCCAUGAGAUCACUGCAUCGUCAGCUCCCGGAAACCAGUGCUUCCGGCACAUCUUUCUCCACAUCGCGCACUUCGGUGGAGCGCAUCCGCCUUCAUCGCAAGCGUUCCAACCAGUCUACUCGGAUGUCGUUCGCCGAUAGCAAGGAUCUGGACCAGGAAAUUCUCGAACUCAACACCAUCGUAGAGGAGCGAAGAGCAGAGGCCGGUCGAGGGAAGAGCCACGAGGAUCUGCACAUUCCCGCAGUAGCACCCCGGAUGGGUCUGCGCGCUCGGUCCGAGACCCUUUGCGACAUUGGCUCUGCAUUCUCCCGUCCGCUCCGCCUCGAGACAGCAUGUCAACCGGUGCAAGAAGCAGUGUCACCCGUCAAGUCACCAGCAAAGUUCCGCCUGUCACGGCCUUUUACCAACAAGUCAGAUUCCUCCCACCCUCCCGUACAGGAGGCUGGUAUGGGGAGAAGAUCAAGCUCCAGGGUCGCAGGCUGGCUGUCCAACAUUCUCUCCACUUCGGCUGCAUCGACCAGCGACACGGCGUCGAAAUCGUUGUAUUCCGUGCGCCCAUCGCGCGUUUCAUCAGCAUCAUCAGCAUCAUCAUCAACAUCAUCGCAACGUAGCACUGUCACCGCCCCCGAGUCACCGUGCCACACAUCGACAUCAUCCGCCAUUUCACAAGAACACAGCAGAGAUCGUUCAGUGGUAUCGCCUCCUUCGACGACAUGCACGUCGGACUUUGACACCAACUCGACGAGAAGAAGGUCGCCAGGACAAUGGGGUCCCGUCGACCCAUUGGGUCCCGUGGGCGUAGCACUCUAAUCCCCUGUUGCCCAUGUUUCCCAUGAUUUCACUUUCGCAUGUACAUACAUAAUAGAUACCCUAAACAAGAGACUACAAGGAGGAAAGAUGGGAGUAUGACAGCUUGCUAGCUAGCUCAUUUUGUACCAAUUACAUAUGGAAAUGAAUUUUAUGAAUACCC